AUGCCAGGCAAAUUAAUAACCGGCCCAAAGGCUAAGAAUAAUAAAAGAAGAACCACAAGACGUAAGAGAAAGAGUAGAAUCAAUGAUGAUAGUGACGAUCAAUAUGAAACAGACAUGUAUAGUGCUAGAGUUAAGCGUCAGAACAUCUCAAGAAAUGACUUCGACCAAAAAGAAGUCUAUAUUGGUGACAAUAGCACACCUGAUGGCUUUCAGAUCCCUCAGAGAAGACUCACUCGAGAGGAGAAGAAACUUCAGUAUUAUCUAGACACCAUCAAGAAACAGGAAGAAGAAAGACUUAAAAAAUCUGAACGAGAGGCCAACAAAUUACAUCCUUGAAAUAGGACUCUUGGUGUCCCUAAUUCUCAGAAGGUAGGUGAACCCAAAGAACCCCUUCGAAUUUCUCUAGCGAAGGACUACCACCCAGUACUACAAAGCCUAUCAGUGGAUCUUGAUCGCCUGGUUUCUAAUGUCGUGAAUGAGCCCUGAAUAAAGAGCCUAAAAUACGACCUUGAUCCCGACCAUUAUUAUAAGGAAGAGGAAGGAAUUUCGUGAACACAAAGUGAAGACCAGAACGAAAGUACAUUCGAUAACCAAAGAACUCCAACCUUAAAAAGCAUGUCCACUAGCAGUAUUGCUAAUUCUUGAGAUAUCGAAAACGGAGGCGAAGCCUUAUUGCUAACCAAUGAGAUGGAAAAAUCAUCAAGCACAUUGUGAGAAAUAGAACCCAAAACAGAAAAUCUUCACCAAAGGUAUACAUCCAUGAUCCUACAUCUAACUCUACAAAAACAGAAGGAAGGGAGAACCAACCACCAACGUUGCUUCCUCUAAGAAUAAUUUCAGAAUAAAAAUUACUACAUCCACUUCAA